GGAACGUUGUUGGGGAGACGGGAGGGGCAGGGGUAGGGGCAAGGGAUGGGCAUGGGCUCUGAACAGAGAGCGGACUCUCUGCGUGGGUUUGGGCCUGUGUUGGUCCUGUAAGCCCUGCGUUCGAGAAGCUAGGGAUUAUUGGGCUGUCAGUUGUGGGGUUCAGAGGGUCAGCAGUGACCCCUCCGAACCCAGAGAUUCAGCAGCAGUCGGCAGUAUUGAGAUAACGCGUUAGUUUAGGUAGCAAUCAUCAUCAUGCUCAAAGCUGUGAUCCUGAUUGGAGGCCCUCAAAAGGGAACUCGCUUCAGGCCUUUGUCUUUUGAGGUCCCCAAACCGUUGUUUCCUGUAGCUGGGGUGCCUAUGAUCCAGCACCAUAUUGAGGCCUGUGCCCAGGUCCCUGGGAUGCAGGAGAUUCUGCUCAUUGGCUUCUACCAACCUGAUGAGGCCCUCAUGCAGUUCUUAGAAGCCGCACAGCAGGAAUUCAACCUUCCAGUCAGGUACUUGCAGGAAUUUGCCCCCCUGGGCACAGGUGGUGGUCUCUACCAUUUUCGGGACCAGAUCCUGGCUGGGGGCCCUGAGGCGUUCUUCGUGCUCAAUGCAGAUGUCUGCUCUGACUUCCCCUUGAGUGCUAUGCUGGAUGCCCACAGACGCCAGCGACACCCUUUCUUACUCCUUGGCACCACGGCAAACAGAACACAAUCCCUCAACUAUGGCUGCAUCGUUGAGAAUCCACAGACGCAUGAGGUCUUGCACUAUGUGGAGAAACCCAGCACGUUCAUCAGUGACAUCAUCAACUGUGGCAUCUAUCUUUUUUCUCCAGAAGCCCUGACACCUCUGCGGGAUGUCUUCCAGCGUAAUCAGCAGGAAAGGCAACUCUGCCUUGCUCUGGGGGAGGACUCUCCAAGCUCGUGGCCAGGGGCAGGGACCAUCCGCCUGGAGCAAGAUGUGUUCUCAGUGCUGGCUGGGAAGGGCCAAAUUUAUGUGCACAUCACAGAGGGUAUCUGGAGCCAGAUCAAGUCCGCAGGCUCAGCUCUCUAUGCCUCCCGCCUCUAUCUGGGCCGAUACCAGGUCACUCACCCAGAACGGCUGGCCAAGCACACACCAGGGGGUCCACGGAUUCGAGGAAACGUUUACAUCCACCCCACAGCUAAAGUGGCCCCAUCAGCCGUGCUAGGCCCUAAUGUCUCCAUCGGAAAGGGAGUGACCGUGGGCGAGGGCGUGCGGCUCCGAGAGAGCAUUGUCCUCCAUGGAGCCACGUUGCAGGAGCACACAUGUGUUCUGCACAGUAUUGUGGGCUGGGGGAGUACUGUGGGGCGCUGGGCCCGCGUGGAGGGGACUCCCAACGACCCCAACCCCAACGACCCCCGAGCCCGCAUGGACAGUGAGAGCCUCUUCAAGGAUGGGAAGCUGCUGCCAGCCAUCACUAUCCUGGGCUGCCGCGUCCGGAUCCCUGCUGAGGUUCUCAUCCUGAACUCGAUUGUUCUGCCACACAAGGAGCUGAGCCGCAGCUUCACCAACCAGAUCAUCCUCUGAGGGGGGCUGUCAGGAGGCCCCCCAACUCCUGACUACUCCCCUUGAGGCUGCUGCCUGCUUGGCCAGCCUUGGAAAGGACCCAGGGAAACCAGGCAGGAUCUUCACGGGCUGGGAGCAAUGUGGGUGGCCCAGGACUCCUGGCCUCCCUCCCCACUCCCGAAUAAACCCAGUGAACCUUGGAGCCAG